GGUCACCAAUCUUUGUAAACAAAAAUAAAUCUCCAUUGGACUUCUGCUAGUGCCUCCUAAUUCGUGUCACACAAUUUUCUUUUGAAAAUCAUGGCGUUCAACAUUCGUGCUUUAGCACGACCAUGUUUGGGUUUGAUUACCGACCUGUCUGCCUCAUCGAGAAUCCAAAUGCGAUCAAUGGAAUUUUCCAAGGAUCUUCCAUCCGUGCGACUGUUGUCGCCUUUGUCGUCGUCGGCUCGUUCAGGCGUACCUGGACUUGAUAGCUCAAACACUACCAUAGCAGCUGUUCUGUCAAAGUGGGAAAAUAAAUUUAAGGAUGAAGGUGUCGCAGAGCCAAAGGACUCCAUACGGAACAUUGUUCUUCAUGUCAUGGGUGGAAAGUCAUUUUCAGAACUGGAUAGACACUCUACUGUCGAAAUGACCUCAGAUGAACUACUUGAAACUGAUCGACUUUGUGAAUGCAGGCUUGCAAGAAUGCCAGUGCAAUACAUUAUUGGAGAGUGGGAAUUUCGUGGCAUCAGUUUAAAGAUGGUUCCACCAGUAUUCAUUCCAAGGCCUGAAACUGAAAUUUUGGUGGAUGUUGCAGUUGCUGCAUUACCACAUGGUAAAGAAUGUGAUAACUGCAGCAUUGCUGAGGGUUGCCAUGUCAAUGUUUUAGAAGUUGGUUCUGGUUGUGGUGCUAUUAGUCUAUCAUUGAUGAAAGAGCACCCCAAGGUUUAUUGCACUGCAGUUGACCAAAGUACUACAGCCUGCCGGCUGACAAUGGAAAAUGCUAUGUCUGCAGGGUUUGCUAGACGUAUUAAUGUAAUCCAUGCCAAACUUGCUGAGGAUGGAACUUUCAAUAAGGCACUUGGGCAUGAUAAAUUUGAUCUUAUAGUGAGUAAUCCACCGUACGUGCCAAGCCAGGAUAUGCUUUCUCUUGAACCAGAAAUCAAAUUGUAUGAAGAUUUGCGAGCUUUAGAUGGAGGUGUGGAUGGCCUCCGACUUGUUAAACCAUUGAUUAAAGUUGCCUCAAAGUUUCUGAGACACAAGGGUAGGCUGGUAAUGGAAGUUGACCCCUCUCAUCCAGAAGCAAUUCAAAAGUGGAUCAGUGAAGAGGCGCAAUCAAACUUGAGACUUAAGUAUGAGGCUACUCAUCAAGAUUAUUCUCACAAGCCACGGUUUGUGCAAUUGAUUAAAAUGAAAACUGCUUAAGAACCAUGGCCCAAAGAGAGGAAUAUCAAGUAUCAAACAUUUUACCACUUUUUUGACAGUUGCAAAAGUUAAAUUAAGGUCAAUUCUGCCCAAGCAGUUUUGGAACACAUUGUACAAUAUUUUAAGCAUUUUCUUUCCCCCGUUUUUUUGUCUAUUUGUUUUUUUGUCAUUUUUUUACAUUUUACAGUUGUUAUUGAAAGUCAGAAAAUCAAACCAGCAGGAUAUUCCAAAUAUUAUUGCAAAUUGAACGAAUUUAUCUAUGUGAUCUAAUAGACUGCCCUAGGCCAUAUGUAGUGAAUAGUAAGCAUUCAUAAAAUUCUCUAGUAGUUAAUUCCAGCAAAAAGCAGAAGGUCUUCUUUGUUUCUUUAUUUGCAUUAUUGCUUUACCAAAGCUGGUUUAUGUAUUCUAUGUGUAAUGUAAAAUUUUGUAAACCUUAGUUAUGUGUGUUAGGUGGUUGUAGUGUUAUUUUCCCCUGCUGGCUCAGGUUUGAAUUAAGGCAUAGAGUUGCAAUUACAUGGUAAUAGUUUUGUGAUAAACAGUAUUGAAGCAUAUCAUGUCACAAGUGAAUCAAUGGUUUGUUUUCCUCUAUGCUGAGUUUUUAAGUUGUUGGUAACCAAAGGGUAUGUUGAAAAGGUUUGUUAUGAAUCCAAAUUUGUGUGUGUGCAGGGAAAACUGAAAGCCAGUGUUCCUAAGAAGUAAAAGCAGAAAAUUUGCAUCACUGACGUUUACCACUCGUUUACCUAUGGUGUCAUGUAAUAUUCUGAGCAUACUAGUAUUAGUGCUUUCACUCAACUAUUUUAUUCAAGGUUCAUCAUCCCAAUGUAUUUGUAUGUUAAGCAAUUUUCACUGAAUUGCAAUAAGCAGCUUUUGCGAGGCUUUCCGUUGUGUGAUCCCUGUUUAUUUCUUGUGCUCUUUUGUGAUAUUACACAAAUUUUAAAAAAAGUAAUA